AUGAGAGUCCACGGCGGGUUGCCUCCGCGAAAGACGUUCCUCGGCCGUGCUGUUUCCGCAUUAGGAGACAGCUCCAGCUCUGAAGCUGCGUCAGGCCAGGAGGAGGAGCACAUUUUGAAAGCAGAAGCCAGCAACGAUCUCACUUCCCAGUUGCUUGCAUUGGCACCUCUCCGUACUGAUCCCGGCCACACAGCAAAGCACAGCACAGCACAGCGCGUUAGAUGCUUAACUGCGCGCGCCAGGAUGAAUGGAUGA